AACCCCACACAUCAAAGCUCCAUGAAAAUUUGUGGUCACGGAGGGAGCAAGGGGGAUGGACCAAACCAGAAGUUGACAAAAACCAAAACUUCCAAUCUCUCUCAUUCAUUGUAUUUUGUCUCAGAUUUUUCUGCUUAUUAUAUCCCCUCAUUUGUCAUUCUACAGUCUUCUCCAUAGACAAAGCUUCCACCUUUAUCCCUACCACCAAUCUUAGUCCUUCCCAUCAUCAUCAUUAUCACCAAAAACCCCCCCAACAACGAAAUUUCGUUUUGUGUAACAAGACAGUGCAGUGACUGAAUACAAUUGGCUUUUUCUUUUCUUUGUGAUGGGGUAUUUUGUGCAGAUUGAGAAUUUUUUUGGAUUGAUUGGGGGAUGAUGAGAGCGGGAGAGAAUUAUGCGAACCCUUUGUGACGCCUGUGAGAGUGCUGCUGCUGUUGUGUUCUGUGCCGCCGAUGAGGCUGCUCUUUGCCGUGCCUGCGAUGAGAAGGUACACUUGUGCAAUAAGCUCGCUAGCCGACAUGUCCGGGUUGGUCUGGCAAAUCCCAGUGAUGUUCCACGCUGUGACAUAUGUGAAAAUGCACCUGCUUUCUUUUACUGCGAUAUAGAUGGAAGUUCCCUUUGUUUGCAAUGUGAUAUGAUUGUUCAUGUUGGAGGUAAAAGAACUCAUGGGAGAUAUCUUUUAUUAAGGCAGAGAGUGGAGUUUCCAGGAGAUAAAGCUGGUAAUGCUGAGGACCCACCUUCACAGCCUGUAGACACAGAGGAGAUUAGAGGAGGACAAAAUCAGUCAGCAAAACUCAUGGCAGGAGAAAACCAGCAAAAUCACAGGGUCUCUCCUGUUCGAGCUGUAGAAGCUAAUGCUGAUGGGCAUGCAAAAAUGGAAACAAAAAUGAUUGAUUUGAACAUGAAGCCUCACCGAGUGCAUGGUCAAGCUUCAAACAAUCAGCUGUUGAAUGCAAAAGCUUGUUCUUUUAAACUGACUUGUUACGCUUAUUUUGGUACAAGGCUGAAAUAACAUUGUUAUUAGGAGACCCCAGGGUUGAAUUUUCUUCCAGAAGGGGUUGAUUCAUUUCUGCUGCAGUAAAAAUAAAUAAAUAAAUAAACCUACACAAUUUAGGUUGUGCAAGUAUUUUCAAUAGUAUUGCCAUUGUGAAAAUUUUUUGAAAUACUCAGACUUGAGUUGUAGUUUAGGUAUUAAUAAUUGCUUUAGUAAUUAUAUUCUUCUGUCUUUUCUCUUUUGUUAUCUAGUAAUUUGCUUAUGCAUUAUGAAGUAGAGGAUUUGGAACUUCUUAAAGUCAGAAUGUGAAAUGGAAAACUCUGUUCCUAAGUGUAUUGAAUCAUCCAGUUUCUGUCAGAUGUGCAGAUUCACUCUAUUAUGAGUAUAAAACUUUGUACCUUGUUUGUUGCUUUAGUAUCCAAACUUGACAUGAUUUCUAAUGGUGCAUGUUUGAAGGAAUAAUAAUUUGCUGUUCUUGGCGGCAGCACUGAUGAUUCAGAAGCAUUCCUGGUGUGCUAAAUUUCACUUGAAAGCCAGAAACUUUGUGGGGCCUCUUCUAUACGGUGCAUAAGACUGUAAACUAUUUUCUCCUCCCAUUCUCUUGUCUAAUGAACACAAUAAAUGUAGCUUAGUUGUUUUGAAUAGUUGUCAGGUAGCUUUUAUAGCUUAUACUGCAAAGACAAAGGAUGUAAUCCACUGCAAAGAUUGCUUGGUAAUCUGUCAUUGUUUUGUUUUUUUUUUUUUUUUUUUUUUUUUUGAGUGAUGUUGAAAUGGCAUUGUAGAAUUGGCAAUUGUGAUUUCGUGAAGGACUCAGGAUUUGGAAAGAACGCACGUGAAUGAGAUUAAUGCUUAAAUCUGUCUCUUCAUUCCCACUGAUCUAUGUUUAGUUUCCGGCUUCUAAUAUACCCUCUGGAAGGCAUUCUUCUAAUUGCCACUAGACAGUGGGAGAUUUGUUUGAGAUGCUGCGAGGCUUUCUUUGUUGCACUCUAAACUUGGGUACCCGCAACUUGA